UUGUUUCUUUUUACUUACUAUCUAUUAUUCUUUGAAAAACGAAAAUUAAUCAAAAAAUACGAAAUUAAUUAAUAAAAACAAGUGAAUAUAUGCUAACCAAAAUAAGUUUAAUGUGCGACUAUUUUAUUGAGAAAAUAAAAUCAUUAUUAAAGAAAAAGAAAUUGUGCAAAGAAAAAUUAAAUUAAUGUGUUAAAAAACUAACUAAAUAAUAUUAAUACUAAAAAAACUCGAAAUAAGUUGGGAAAAAUAAAUACAAAUGGAAUUCUAUUGAAUUUAAAAGAAUUCAAGUUAGACGACACAACAAACAACACGGCAUCUUAUCUAAUUACAAUAACAAAAAACACUCACUGUAAAGGAAGCAAAUUCCAUGGUGUAGUUUUAGUGUUUGUGUGCGCGCUUAUAUAUUAAUAAAGUGUUUUUUCGUGAUCAAAUUAGAAAGAAAAUUAUAAAAACAAGACACCAAACCAACCAACCAACCCAACCUACUAACAGCAACAACGGGAAAACUGGAAGAAAAUAAAGUAACAAAAAAUGCCAUUAAAGUUUCUAAAGAAAUGUCGACAAUAUAAUGUGACAUCAAAAAGUCUAUUCGUAAUAUCAGUGCAUCAUCUAUUGGACACCACCACCACUGUCGACUGUACCAUCAGCUCCGAAAGCAAAGGCCAAGAAUGUCUGGACAAUGUCUGCCAACGUCUACUCAUCCAACAGCCCGAAUUCUUUGGCCUACGCUAUAUGGUCAAGGGAAAAGAAGAUGAAAUGAAAUGGGUAGACUUAGAACGUUCGCUAAGUCGUCAAUUAGAAAAAUAUGCAGCCGGCACAAAGAUUUUCUUACGCGUGCGACACUAUGUGACAACUGGUGUAAGACAUCUCAGCGAUGAGGUGACACGCUACUAUUAUUUUCUACAAUUAAAAAGUGAUAUAAAUGAGGGUAAAAUUGCCUGCGAUAUACGUACGGCCAUACUAUUGGCAUUAUACUGCAGACAGGCGGAAUAUGACAGUUAUCAAAGUGAUAAACAAACAAAAGAUUAUUUGAAGAAAUCUUUGGUAUUGCCAAAAAAUUUACAGGGCCUGGUUAACGAUGAUAAUCUUUUGGACAGCCUAAUACUCGAGGUAUUACAACAACAUUCGGGCAUACAACAUCUAACCACUUCACAGGCUGAGGAAAUGUACAUACAAUGUUGCCAACAACUGGAGGGUUAUGGCGAAGAGCGAUUCCAAGCUAAAGAUAAUUUAGGCAAUGACAUAAAUCUAGGCUUGGCCAUAAAUGGCAUGGUGGUGACGGCGGAAAAUGGUCGCCAAUAUUUUCCAUGGAAAGAUUUCCACACCGUGACUAUAGAAAAACGAGCCAUACGUAUAGUACAAAAUAAAGCCGAUGGUUCACAGUUUUUGGGCUCGUUCAUAUUCUCCGAAACAGAUACAGCAAGAUAUUUUUGGAAAUUAUGUAUAACACAGCAUAAAUUCUUUAAGCGUUACAUAGAUGAAGAUUCCUCCUCAAGUAUGGGUGAUGUGGAAAGUGCCAAUGGUAUUUCCAUAGCGGGGGGAACGGAAGCUAUGAAUGCGUCGGCCUUUAGUGGUUAUGAUUUAAGUGAUUCAAGAGAGGAUUUGCUAUUGGAACAUCAUGCCACUUAUGUGCCGGGUGCGGGAGGUAAUUCGGUAACAAUUGGCGGUAAUCAUUAUCAGCCAAACAAUCAACAGUCACAAGAAUACUUAUCAUCGGCUCAAUCAUUGCACCAUCAGUCUUCAUCUCAAUUACCGCCCCAUGGCCUUAUAUCGACAGCCAACUCUUCUUCAGCCUUAAUGUCUUCCAAUAUAUCUUUGGCAGCUAGUCAUCAGUCGGGUAGUGGACGAGCCGAUGGUAAUGGUAUGAAUGGCAGUGCUCUGCACAUGGCCCACCAUAGUGGGGGAGGACAAAUGGGUCAGAGUUGGUUGAGCAAGGAAUACUCUCAUGAUUAUGUGUCCUCUUCUCAACAUCUCUCCAAUAGUAUUUUAGAUACUCGUUUACAAAGCAGCUCCUGCCAGGAUUUAAGCAAUAAUAAUUUACACAGUAGUUCUAGUUUUUUGGGUCACAGCAAUAACAAUCAUAUUUUGGCAGCUGAUGCUCAUGAAAGGGAACGUCUUAAAGCCAUGCUGCCUACAUAUAGGCCUGCGCCUGAUUAUGAGACUGCAGUGCAAAUGAAGUACAGAACUCCCUCAAAUGAAUUAUACAACUUAAAUCAAUUGCAAUAUCAAGCAGCUGCCCUGGCAGCUCAUAAUUCCGCAGCUGCUUACUAUGCCGGCUCUCAGCCCGAUGUACAUCAGGCGGGUGAUGGUUUAUUACUGGGCCAUAUGGCCACUCAUCGCUAUCCUGAUGUUGCGCAACCGGCGCAAGCAAUGCAUGCCCAAUAUAAUCUAUCAGCGGCCUCAGCAGUAGCUUCGACGCCUCAAAAUAAUGUUUAUGUUGAUUUGCCGCAACGUUUACAAAUGAUUAGAACUAAACCGCCUCCUCCCUAUCCCGUCAACAGAUUGAGUUCAUCUUCCACACCCGAUUUGGCCGUAGCAUCGCAUCGUCCCUUGUUGGGUUAUAGGGCUUACGUUUCUGGCUCCUCACCUGACUUGGUUUCAAAUAGAAAUCUUUUGAAUUCUCAAUAUCCCUAUAAUGGGCCACCAGGAGGCUUAGGAAAUCCGGGGCAAAUAACCACUUCCUCGGGAGCUACUAUGUUACAUCAGUAUCCCUAUAUGGGCCAUAUGGGACAUUCGCAAUCUUAUCUACCGCCUCAUGGUACUUUUGAAAACCUUAAUAUGAUUGAAGAACAACCCUCGAUAAUGUCUCAAUUAAGGCAAUCAGCCUUAAGUCAAGCCUCAGCCACUCACGCUGUUAAUAACACUCAAAGUUAUGAGCAAAAUUCUCCUACUUUACCGCCUUCUGGAUAUCGCAGUUCUGCACAGCCAGUGCUGCAACGAAAUGCCAUGAAUGGUUCCAUAGAACCUAUCUAUGAAAAUGUGCCACUGCCUCAAUACACAUCUUCGACAUCAGUGACUCCACAACGAAAUACAGAACAAAGAUCAUCAGGAUCUUCGGCACAUAAUUCGGAAAUAAGAAAUCGUACAUCAUCCAUACAAUCUGCGCCAGGCGGUAUGCCUAAUCAACCACCAGUACCAGCGGCCCGACAUCAUCAUAUACAGCAUAGGGAACCGGCUGCGCUACCCAUACAACAAUUGGCACAACAACAGAUAAAUCAAUAUCUACAGGCUCAAGAUGAACCUGAUGAAAUUUCCAUGAAUAUCAAAAAAUUCAUUCAUCAAACACAACCCGAUAGAGCAGCUAGUACAGAUGUGCAAUUGAUAGAUCCGACGCCACCACAGAGAGCGGUAAGGGCAGUCUCAGCGGCGCCUGCAAUAGGUCAAACUUCAACAGCUGCAGAACAAACACCUGUAAAAAUGACGCCGCCCCCUAGACAACAUAAAAAUAUGAAAAGCGCUUCUUCCGUAUCGGCUGUUGAUGUUAUACAACCCUCCACCUCCUCCUCUAUGUCACCCUCAGCGUCCUCUACCAAUGCGACCAUGAAUUCUACACGUAUUACAUCUUCCACAUCUCACGACGAUUCGUUAAGUCAUCAUUUUUCAGCCAUGAAUUUGUCUACAACAUCAUCUUCCAUGUAUAAUAGCACAUUAGAUACGACAACGCAAAGUUCCAGCACAGCUGGCAAUACAUCUUCAAAAGAAAAACGUAAAAAACGCUGGAAUUUCUUGGGAAGAAGUAAAACUCCAGACAAACAAAAGUCAGCAACAUUGGGCCGCGAAAAGGCGGCCAAUACCACAAAACUGCAGAAAAUAAAAUUAGCACAAGAUGAUCUAAAUCUUCAUCAUAGAUGGUCGACGGGAGUGCCGAAAUUACAACCAAUAUCCGGACAAUUCUCCAAAGAUAAAUUGUGUCAAAUACUCACAGAUAAAUUAACCGACACGCAGUUGUUUAUGGAAUUUGAGGCUAUACCUAAGAGACGAGAAAUGGCACGUUACGAUUGUGCGUUGAAAGAAGAAAAUGCCAUGAAAAAUUCAGAUCCUAAUUUUCUACCCUACGAUGAUAAUCGUGUGCGUCUGACACCCACUAUGGAUAAUCGUCACGGUUAUGUAAAUGCCUCUCAUAUAUCGGCCACUGUGGGUAAUAAACAGCGUUUUUAUAUUGUUGCUCAAUCGCCUCAUGAGGAAUUGACCACACGAAUCUUUUGGCAAUGCGUUUGGGAGGCUGAUGUUUAUUUAAUUGUACAGCUAUCGGAGGAUUUGAAUUACAUACCGCCCAAUACAAAUCAACGCAUGGAGUUUGGUCAGUUCCAGGUAUAUCAGGAAUUUUCACAAACUACCGAUCGUUGCAUUACCAGCAAACUGCGUCUUUAUCACAUACAAUCAAGACGUUAUCGUUCUGUCUGGCAUCUAAACUACACCGAUUGGGGUGAACAAAAUUGUCCACGUGAAGUAAAUCACUUUUUAGACUUUUUGGAAGAGCUCAAUUCAGUGCGCAUGGCUUCGAUAAAUGAAGUACCACCCGGUCAUAAUACAAAUCCUCCAGUACUGUUGCAUUGUCUAGAAGGUGGCGGUAGAUCGGGUGUAACUCUAACAGCUGAUUUACUUUUAUAUACAUUAGAUCAUAAUGAGGAUUUGGACAUACCUAGAGUUAUUGGAAAUUUACGUCAUCAAAGAGACAGCAUUAUACCUUCUUUGGCUCAAUAUAAAUUUAUUUAUAGCCUUUUAAUAACAUAUCUGAAGAGAACGAGAUUAAUUUAAAUCUUUUUUACAACAUUUCAUCGUUCCAUUAUUUGUUUUUAUAAUUUUUUUUACAUCAACCUGAAACAAACAUAAAAAACUACGUCCAUUUGACCAUUGUAGACGUAAUUUUACUUUUUAACCCUCAUUUUUUUAUAAAACAAAAGUAUUUUAUGUCUAAUUUCAUACUCUUCCCCUCUUGUUGCUAUUAUUUGGCAAUCAAAUUGCUUUAAUUUAGUUUAAUUUAUUCUUAAAAAAAAUUAACGAACAAUUGUAUUUUCUACAUAAUUUUUUUAUAUACAGGGUGCUUUAUUUUUCUUUAAUUUUUAAA